UCCCAUGCUCGGACACAAAAGCUUCCCACUCUCCCGUCUGCUCCCGUGUCGUCGUCUUCUCCGCUUUCUUCCCGUCCGCUCCAAGUUGAGAGUGGGCCGGGACUCGAAGGCAGACUAAUCGGCCGAUUGUCUGCGCACGCCGACUGUCCCUGCAUGUUCCUCUCGCCCUCUUUGCCUUCCCCGCGCGUGGAGUAGCAGCGUAUGCAGUCAUCUCCACCUCGGUCCGUAACGUUUGUGACACAUGCCGAGCGCAGGAUUAACCCCCGUUGAGCCAUAAAGAAGAUGAGCGAGUGUUCCAGGGCCGCCGGGACGGGCACGGUGAUCCUGGAGGAACCGGAGCCGUCGGGGACCUCGGGUGCCUCCGGGGCCCGCGGCGAGGGCCCGGCCCGAGACCGGGGCCCUUUGGGGUGCGCUCUGUGGCCCCGCCAGCAGACGUGGCUCUGCGUGGUUCCGCUCCUCAUCGGAUUCAUCGGGCUGGGUUUGAGUCUGAUGCUCCUCAAGUGGAUUGUGGUCGGGACCGUGCGGGAUUACGUACCGACAGACCUCGUGGAUGCCAACCGGAUAGGACAGGACCCCAUCUUCCUCUCCAAGCCAAGCGGGAUUCCCAAAGGGCCCGAGACCACUACUACCACCCCCAGCACCACCACUACCACUCCUAUAGUUGACCACACGCCGAAAAGCGUAACUGUCGGGAGAGGUAGAACUCGAUCUACCGAUACCACCACCGCUAGCCCCGGAGCAGGGGGGGCCUCGGGUAGCCUGGCGACCCCUCGGAAUCACGGAAAUCGGAACGGACGUCUUCCGGUGGGUUUUACCACGCCGCCUCGGACCACCCUGAGAAACGGGGCGGCCGCGUCCAGUCCGCCUCCGUCUAAUCCUACCGUGCUCCACGACUCCACGCAGAUGUGGACUUCGGAACAUACUGCCGCAGGGGCCACCACCGCCGCCGCCCACAGGCACGGACACCGCAAAACACCGUCCCCGACGGUGCCGCCUUUGCGCUCGGAACAUUUUAAGCCGUGUCACGACAAGGACUUGGCCUACUGCCUCAACGGCGGAGAAUGCUUCGUCAUCGAGACCCUCAGCGGACCUCACAAGCACUGCAAGUGUCGCGAAGGCUACCAGGGCAUCCGCUGUGAUCAGUUCCUGCCCAAGACCGACUCCAUCCUGUCGGAUCCAAACCACCUGGGCAUCGAGUUUAUGGAGAGCAAGGAGGUGUACCGGAGGCAGCUGCUGUCAAUCACGUGCAUCGCCAUGGCGAUCGGCCUCCUGGGCGCGCUCUGUGUCGCCCUCUACUGCCGAAACAAGCGUCGGCGGGAGAAGUUUCAAGCUCACCUGAAGGAAAGUCGAAGUGUGAAAAACUACACGACGAGCGUCAACAACAUCUUCGACUCCAAGUCCGGGAACAGCAAAGCCGACAUCAGAAUGCACCAGUAUUGUAAACGUUCUCCGGCUGGUCGUCACGGCGACACGCGUGAGUCCAGAUUCACGCCGGCCAGAAGCAGCGUGAAGCUUGUCGCGGAGCAGAGGACUCUGGCGGCCCAUUGGUCGGCCACUCGCAGGACUCCGCCUAUACCCAGAGGAUGCCCCCGAGCUUUCGGUCCGGCCUAUCAGCACCUCCGAGAGGCGGAGCUUACAGAGAGGGAGGCUGACGCGCCGCACGGUUACGUCCAUCAGGAGGAGCCUCGCCGGCCUGAGCCCCGACACGAAGCCCCGGUAAAUAUGCAAUCCGCCGUCGACGCGGCGUGGCGUUCGCUUCCCAACGGCGCCCCCCGAAGCACGGGGAACCCCACCCGCCACUCGGCCUCCGUCCCCAUCAUCCAGCGUCGCCACGACGACGAAGUUUCCUGUAUGCAAACUACAGUGAUGUCAUCAAACGGCGCCGCGCCCCACCGGGAAGUCGCCGGCGAGCGCUCCACGGCGGCGGUGUGCCGGCGGCGCCGCGAGGAUGAGGAGCGCGAAGCGGUGCGGCCGCCUCGCCGAGCGCAGGAGAACCUUCGGGCCUCGGCGCACAGGGGGCAGGAGGAGGGCCACGGCGCCCCCUGUGGCGGCCCGGCGCUGGCGCAGGCCAGAGAAACUGUUUGCUUCCUCAACCUUCACGUGGGCGUGGCCGGGAGGGCCACGCACACUCAGUUGCUCAGAGAGCCGGACCGAUAAAAAGAUGGCGAAAGUCGCCGUCGUUGGAUAAAAGAAGAAUCGGCACGGAAUUCUGCAGCCGGGAAGAAGAACAAAAUGAAUUCAUUUAUUUCCAAAACACGACGAAAAAGAUACCAAAUAGCCCGUCGCUCCAUGGUGGUUUUCACUGUACAAAGAAUAUAUGAAUAUAUAUAAAUAUUAUAUAUGGAUAUAAAUAUAUGGAAUUCAAAAAGUGACCAAGUUGAAGAACAAGGACAGGAAUGAUGUACAUCCUUUUUCU